UCAAAAUUUCGCUUUAGUUCUUAGAAAAGAUGUUUCGCAUCUUGAUCGGUUUGUGCCUUUUCGGAUUAUCGCUGGCUGGCACCGUUUUUCAGAGCGGUGUGCCCAUGCCCGAUGGUCGGAUUGUGGGUGGUCAGGAUACGGACAUUCGCAGCUAUCCGCAUCAAAUAUCCAUGAGGUACAGGGGAAAUCACAGAUGCGGAGGCUCAAUAAUUGCCACCAACAUCAUCGCAACCGCUGCUCAUUGUGUGAACACGCUGUCAGGUGUGGCUAAUCUUACCAUAAUAGCUGGAACCACCCAAACAAUCUGGCCAAAUGGCCAGGAGUUGGCGGUACGCGAAAUCAUCAUACACGAGAAGUACAAGUCCCUGUAUCAGGACUAUGAUGCCGCCGUUCUUGUACUGGAUGGCGAUUUCGAGUUCAACGAAUCUGUGCAGCCCAUCGAACUGGCCAAGGAGCGUCCGGAGCAUGGUACGCCCGUCAUUGUUACCGGCUGGGGC